AUGAUGAAACAUGCCUGGGAUAAUUAUAAGCGUUACGCAUGGGGAUUAAAUGAACUGAAACCCAUAUCUAAGCAAGGACAUUCAAGCAAUUUAUUUGGUAACAUUCAAGGAGCAACAAUAGUGGAUGCCCUUGAUACACUAUACAUCAUGGAAAUGAAAGAGGAAUUCAAGGAAGCCAAGGAGUGGGUUGAAAAAAACUUAGAUUUCAAUGUGAAUGCUGAAAUUUCAGUAUUUGAAGUGAAUAUCCGUUUUGUUGGUGGACUACUUUCAGCUUACUAUCUUUCAGGAGAAGAGGUUUUCCGAAAGAAGGCAGUAGAGCUUGGAGAGAAAUUGCUACCUGCUUUCAACACUCCCACAGGGAUACCUUGGGCAUUACUUAAUAUUAAGAGUGGAAUCGGUCGAAAUUGGCCAUGGGCCUCUGGCGGCAGCAGCAUUUUGGCAGAAUUUGGGACUUUGCAUCUGGAGUUCGUACACUUGAGCCAUCUGUCUGGAAACCCUGUCUUCGCUGAAAAGGUGAUGAAUAUUCGAAAAGUUCUAAAUCGACUGGAUAAGCCAGAGGGCCUUUACCCCAACUACCUGAAUCCCAGCAGUGGUCAGUGGGGCCAGCAUCACGUCUCCAUUGGAGGGCUUGGGGAUAGUUUUUAUGAAUAUUUGCUUAAGGCAUGGCUGAUGUCAGACAAGACAGAUGAAGAAGGCAAGAAAAUGUAUUAUGAUGCUGUUCAGGCUAUAGAGACACACCUCAUUCGAAAAUCAAGUGGGGGGCUGACAUACAUCGCUGAGUGGAAGGGUGGACUGCUUGAACACAAGAUGGGACAUCUCACUUGUUUUGCUGGAGGCAUGUUUGCUCUAGGAGCAGAUGGAGCACCUAAUGACAAGACAGGCCACCACAUCGAGCUUGGUGCUGAAAUUGCUAGGACUUGCCAUGAAUCCUAUGAUCGUACAAGCAUGAAACUGGGACCAGAAGCCUUCAGAUUUGAUGGUGGUGUUGAGGCCAUUGCUACAAGACAAAAUGAAAAAUACUACAUCCUACGACCAGAAGUUAUAGAGACCUACAUGUACAUGUGGCGGCUCACUCAUGACCCGAAGUACAGGCAGUGGGGAUGGGAAGCUGUCGAGGCACUGGAAAAACACUGCAGGGUAGAUGGUGGCUAUUCUGGCAUUAGAGAUGUUUAUAACAAUCAUGAAAGCCAUGAUGAUGUGCAGCAAAGUUUCUUCCUUUCAGAGACACUCAAGUACUUGUAUUUGCUGUUUUCUGAAGAUGAUCUUCUUCCAUUCGAACACUGGGUCUUCAACACAGAGGCUCAUCCUCUCCCUGUUCUUCACAAAGACAAUGGGAAUAAAGAAGAAAACCAGAAAUAGAUGAAGAUUAAGUUAUACUUUGUUGCAUUCCUUAUGUUUCUUUCCAGGACUUGAACACGUGAUUUGGUUUUAAAUUCCUGAGUUAAAUUUUUAAAUCAAGUGUUUUGCAGUCUGUUUUCUUUUCCAGUAAAUACUUAUGAAUGGACCCGAACUAAUUAUGAUAAAACCUCAGUUCUCUAAUCCGUCUGAAAUACUUCUUAGAAGAGAAAUAGGACAUCUCUCCAGAUUUUGUUAGGCUGCACUGUCAUCUUGGCCAAAAAGAGCAGAGGGUCUGCAUGUUACUUGUUUCCUGUUAUGCUUUUAAUUUGACUGCAAAAUUCUUUUCUCCUCUGUGAGGAGAUGUCUGCUUUAAGCUGUAAUAUUUUGCCAUGUUGCAAAAAGCCAUAUUGAAUUAAGUAUAAAGAGCUUUUUUUCUGUUUUUUUGUUCUAUGUUAAUUUGUUUUGUGUGUCAUCCAAGACAAAUCUUGUGACUGUGACAGCCUCUUCUUAUGCGGGUCUAUCAUUACUUGGUAAAAUAUCUGAUAUAUUUCAUUGUCAAUGAAGUCUACAUAGGAAUAUUUUCAUCUCAUGCAGACAUGACUCUGAAGCUGCAGUAUACGUUGAAGUCAGACUAUACUAGUUUCUAUGAAUUUAGCACAUUAGUUAGCAGACCUCAGUUUUUUCAGGUUUUGAUUAGAAUAUUGUAAUAGAAUAAAUUGUUUCCUCCCUUUUCUAAGUGGUGUUAUUCUCACAUCUUUAGUGAGGCUACUAUGGAGUAAAAUAAGAUAUUAAUUUCUGAUUAAGAAAGGGAGUCUUACCUUCUUUAUGUAUUUAGUCCAGUAGCUUUCAUUUGGUUGGAUGGUAAAAAGGCAAAAAAAUACUCAGUGACAUUUUCCUGGAAGCUGAAAAUUAUGCCAGAGAGAAUUUUUUUGGUUUCCUGGGACUUUCUCAAACAUUCACAUAGGUUCAGACUUGACACCAGACUUGAUAGUUUAUUGUCACAAAGCAAUUUAAUGUAUCUACAUGAAUAAUGCUAGAAGUUCAUAUGCCUUGAAGAAAACUUGUCUCCUUAAAAGAAGAUAAACAUUCAGAGAGGAAACCGUCCAGCAUAUAACUAAAACUUCCUAAAAGCACCGAGUCUGUCUUCUCUAAGUGAGAGAAACACAGAGUGCUUAAAAAUAUUCCCUAGAUCAGAGGCCUGUCUUACUAAGUAACAGCUUUGCCAAAAAUGUUUUACUUUGUGGCAUCACCAAAGGGAAAAAAAGAGACAUGAUUAAUUCCUGUUUCUACUUAAGUGUAGUUUGGAGUAGUUUACAUGAUUAUUAAGUCUACCUAUGUUUUCAUUUAGUGACAGGAUGACUCUCAUAUAUUUUGAGUAGGGUACAACACCUGGCUUCCCAUUCUGAGAAAGCACAUUAUUCACUGAUUGGACUACAACGAAACAAAUAUGGUUCUGAGCAGUAAUCUUCUUUAAAGGUAUUUAGUAGGAUAGCUCACAUGUCCAGCAGUUAAUCACAGCUGUGGAAGCACAUUUGUUUAAGCAUUACGGAGUACAUUUUUUUCUAUACUGAUAUAGGUCUCUAAUUUAGGUUUUCUUAGGCAGAAGCCAAGAGCAAAGAUAACUAUGUUUUUAUGUAUAGCAGCUGGAGGCUGACCCAUAAACUUUUUACCCUCUGAAGCCUGUAAAGACAGCACUGCCUCUCUGCUUCCCCUGCAGACAGGGAAGAUGACAUGUGCCACAUAAACUGCCAAAGACAGUCAUGUAGAGGGCAAGCCAAGAGGAGCUUCAGUGAUGCUGAUCCUUCCAUCUCAGGCCUGGCAGAGCUCAGCAUUUGUACAUGGCGGUUAAUAGGGGUACCCUGCUGAGCCUGGGCCACCCAGCACUGGGAGAACGGAUACACGUGUAUGUGCAUCAGCCUCAGGUAAAGCCAGCUUACAUGGAACCGGCACGGUGGCUCAAAAUAUUUUGCUUUACUGCCUUUUUUUAACUAUUAAUUAUUAUUAUUUUCUUUUUAAAGUAUGGAUUCCCUCAUGUCACAGUAACAGUUUUCUGAAACUGAACAAGCAAGGAUGAAGUCUUGGCUCUGUUGAAAAGCAGAACUCCUGCUGAUUUUGAUACUCCAGAAUGUAUAUCAUUGGAGGACUAUAUUUCAUUGUAUUUCUUCAGAAACAGUAUUUUUAAGAGAGCUUUUUUUUAAUCCCCCCAAGUACCACAGAGAAAUUAUAGCUGUGGAAUAAAAAACAAAUUCUCUUCCCUCUUUAACCAAAAAGUAAUAAUAAUUACUUUUGUCUUAGUUAUCUUUAUUGGGUCACCUGCUGCUGCCUACCCACAUGGUUGUGCAUGUGCUGCUAUAGGCCUCAUAUCAGUUAAAUAACUACAGUAGCUCUGACAAAAGCAGCCUUUGAGAAAUGUUUUGUAAGCCUCUUUUUACAUGGUUUUCUUAACCACAGUGUGCUUCCCCCAGAUGUGUCUAGUGAUCCUGCCUUCACUUAACAAGCUGUAGAAAAACAGUGGAGAACCAGAUAGCUCUUCUCCAUGUUUCAAAAAGUAGGCUACAAAUACACAACUCUUGUAUGCAUUGGGACCUAUGUACUUAAAUAUAAGCAUCAUGACUGUUUUCUUGUAAUACAGACAUUUAGUAUGAAUACUAUUUUUUUUUUAGUUUGGGAGUUAUAAUGAUCUGAAAGAGCACAAAUUUGAUGUGACUGAUACUGGUAUUCAGGUUGUAUGUACAAACUGCACUAUACUGUACUUUUUGUAAACUAAUGUAAGUAGACAAGAAGAUUGUACAACGUGUAGAUCUGCCAAUUGUAAGAAAAAAAAACGUUUUCAUAAACUGAGAAUAUAUUGGUUUUUUCUUCUUUUUUUUUUUUUUAAAUAACCCCCAAACACCAAAGUUAGAGCAAUCAUUUUGAAACAGUCAGUACUUACCACUGCUUGUGAGAUUGCUGAGAUAACCUGCGUUUUAUUUCCCGUUCACUUAACUAGCUGCAUGGAAGUGGCUAGUGAUGGUCACUUUGUGUUCCCAGUCAUUCAUAAGAGCAAAAGAAAUUGCUUUAUUGUUGGGGGGGAGGGGGGUGUUUGGAGGCAUUAUCUUCGCAUAAACACACUGCCUAUACUUCUUCCAUAUCUUUGUAGCAUAACAACACAUUUAAAUCUGCAUAAGUUAAGUUGUAAGAGGUAGAUCACUUUAAAUGGCACCCACAUCGUUUCAUGGAGGAAAAUAAAGUUGAUUGUUCGUGAGAUAAGUAUUGCAUAUGUGUUGGUUGUACACAGAUUUUUGCAAUGCCCAAUGCUCACUGUUUCUAUGGUGACUUCAUCAUACAUAUUAUCCAUUUCUAUCAUGUAUUUAAAUUGGGUUUGAUUUGUACAUAAUCCAUUUAGUCUUUUCAUCUUUAUAUAAACUGAAAUUAUGGAAUACAUAAUAGAUCAAGAUGCUUACUUUUUAAGAACUUAUAUUUGUAAAAAUUUCUCUAUUGUGAAUAAAGUCUUUUAAUAUAUCUGUUCAACUUGUUAUAAUUUCUCCUAAAUGUGUUGCAGAAGUAACUACAGGAAUCUGCUGCAUAGUCUGUUUUGGCUGCUAUACUCAUGAAUUUCUGUCAGCAGAUUGGUUUGAUAUAGAUUAGUACUCCGUGUACUUGUUAAGAUACUAUUGUUAAUUAAUGUUACUCAGUGUAUAGAAUUGCUACUGCAGAAACAAAUUUCCAAAAAUUUUUGUUAAUAAAAUUCAGCAUACCUAAUGUAUUUUGGUAGAAGGUGACCCUACUAACGAAAAGCAGGAAGCUGGGGAGUCAGAGGUGGCAGGUAGUAAGCGCAGUUCAUGCUCUGCACAAUACACGCGGGCUUCAGCUAAAUGCCAUUUAGGAGCAAACACCAGAGCGGAGAUGACAAGGCUGUCAUGGUGCCCAGCAUUACAUGAUCAUGUAAUGAAAUGCUAUCGUUUGUCCAUGCUCCAGAGGAGAAAGGAACAGUUGUCAUAGGAACUGUAACAUUUUGUGUCAGAAGGACGUUAAGAUCUCCAAUCUAACUAUUGAAAUAACAGGUACACCUCAUAGAUAACCUUGUUUUCUCUGUUUAGUAGAAAGCCUCGUCCAGAGAUGAUAGUGAAAUA